AUGUCUUCUUUUGAGGAGUGUGGUGGUAACAAGUUUGGAUUUGACUGUGAACAGGUAUGUAUCGGAAAGAGAAAUAGACCUUAUUCAUGUAGAGGUUAUCAAUUCUGCUUACCAGACCCAUACGGAUGUAGUUGUGUUACAGGAUACACAGGUCUGGACUGUCUCACACCUUGUAUAGAAGGGACAUUUGGAGCAGGGUGUGCACAGGUAUGUCACUGUAAUAAUGGGACAUGCGACAUGUACACCGGAAAGUGCACUGGCAAUGAUACGACGUGUCAAUCACGGUGGACAGGAUCAAAUUGUCAAGAAUGUAAAACUGGUUAUUUUGGAGAAAACUGUGAAUUGGAAUGCACUAAAUGUACAUCAUGCCAUAGAUUGGGGUGCUUGGAAGGAUCAUGUUAUACUAAUUGGCUAAACCCCUAUUGCGAAGUCGGUAAGCAAUAA